AAUCAACGGCUGUGAUCUAACCUUAAGCCUAUCAUCUCUCCUAUAUGAACGCCGAAACCGCGCUUCUCUCCGUGCUCGAAACUCUCUCACUACCAUAGCCGAGUGCCAGAUUCUCUCUCUAAUAUAAAACUCUUGUUGUUCUUGUUCAAUCAAAUCAAAUCAAGUAUUCUGAAUCUAAAACUAGGGUUUUGUGGAACAAUGCUUCUUCGAAGCUCUUCGACGCCAUUGCUGAAUUCAUUGUUUCAGUCCUCGGCGUCGCCAGAGGCUGAAGUCUUGCUUCAGAUUUCGAAGCCUCGACCGGUGCCGAUGGUUUCGUUGCCUUGGGCGAAGACGAAGAUGAGCAGAGCAGUGUCCGAGAGCGAUCUGAGAGAGCUCUCCAUCUCCAAAAGCCGGCCAUUUGACAAGAGUUUGAAUGGGUUACCGGAGAUAGCGGUGGAACAGGAGGAGAGAGAACUUGGUUUUGAUUCGAAAUCGGAGCCGUUGGAUCAGGUGCUGCUUUUGGGAUCUGCGUUGGAGGAGAGUGUUUUUGUGGGCGGUGGUGGUGGAGGAUCAGACGGUCGCGACAGGGAUGGGAAUUGUGGGGAUUGGGAUUCUAAUAAUGGGAAUGAUAGUAGGGAUGUGUAUUAUCAGAAGAUGAUUGAGGCUAAUCCUGGGAACGCUAUGCUUCUUAGCAAUUAUGCUAGAUUCUUGAAAGAGGUACGGGGAGAUUUUGUCAAGGCUGAAGAGUAUUGUGGGAGAGCAAUAUUGGCAAACCCAAGUGAUGGGAAUGUUCUAUCACUCUAUGCUGAUUUGAUAUGGCAGACCCAUCAGGAUGCUCCUCGUGCUGAGGCUUACUUUGAUCGGGCGGUUAAAGCUGCCCCAGACAACUGUUAUGUUUUGGCUUCGUAUGCUCGGUUUCUUUGGGAUGCUGAGGAAGAAGAAGAAGAAAAAGAAGAAGAAGAAGAAGGUGUCGUUGAAAGAGAAGAAAAUUGCAAUAUUAAUUUAUCACCAGCAGGUUUCUUCCUAGGAGCUUAUCCUCCACACCCUCCCAUAGCUGCUACAUAUUAGGUUAACUCUUUCGUCAUCCAUCACUUGUAUAAUAGCUAAUAACCUGACCACUUUUUCUAUCUGUUCUUCCAUUUUCCUUAUUUUUUUUGGGACCAUUUAGAAAUAUAUUCUUGAGUAGCUAUGAUUUUUCUUUUUCUUUUUUCUUUUUUUUUCUUUCUUGGAGUUUUGACCUGUAAAAAA